AUGGACAACCUGUUUCCUGGCCGCAUUACGUUUUCACUAAUUUGGCACUCUUCUGUCGAUAAAUUUCAUUCGCGCACUGUUCACUACUCGUUUUCAUCACAUUUUAUUAAUUUUGACGAGUCUCAUGUGGCCGCAUUUUCAAACUUUUCACCAGGUAACGGAUUCAAACUAAACUUAAAGGCCUGGAUCAAUGGUCCCAUCCAAACCCUCAGAGAACGUCACAGUUUUGGCAAACGAUAUAAACCUUUGUUUCAUCGGCUAAGAGUGAAAGCCGUGAAGGAAGACCGACAUGUAAUCUACAUUGAGAAGGACGCUUCACUGGAAGAAAUAGUAUCCGAUAAGAGCCCAUCACCUGAAGAUGGCAUUGUGAAAGGAAAGGAAAGCGACUUUGAAGAGGUGGAACUACGCGUGCCAGCACAGAAGACACAUGGUUUUUCUCUGGACGCGGAAAAUGAAGGGUCUGCUUUCGAAAACUACGAUGACGAGGACUUUCCCCGAUCUAGUGGCGAACUACCACCGAAGAGUAUCUUUGCAACAAUAAAUCACACCGAAGAGGAGGCGGAACCAGUGAACAACUCGUAUGGUGCGUAA